AUGGACGGGUCCAAGAAGCUGGGGGCGCUGUCGCUGCCGCUUGCCACGCCCGACUCGGGGCACAUGGUGGACAAGAGCAGCCCCGAGUCCGACAGCAAGAGCAUGGAGCUGCGUUCCACCAACACGGCCAGGUGGUCCCGAGAUGGUGGCAAUGUCUUCUCACGUUCGCUGAGCAGGUUGUCCCGAGAUGAUGGCAAGGAUCCAGACGCCGCUGCCGAGCUUCCGCAGGCCUGCAUACACAGCUCCGAAACUGGCGCUGACGCCUACACUGUGUUUAUCGAUUUCUUCGCCGCUGAGAGUGGAUAUCUGCGGUGGAACUCCCACACAGCGGUUGGUCGCAACAUUGUCGAGCAACGGCUGUUCGAAAUUCGAAGGGAAGAUUCCGCGGAUAAUGACAACGAAGUCCCAUUGCAGCAGCACUUCAACGUGUCUGAUUUCAUGCUCAAUACGGAAAGCUCCCUCUCGGAGCCUUUCGACCAACGUGUUUCGCCUGUUCUCCGAUGUGCUAAAUGGGACCCCCAGCAGAGUGAGUGGAUAUCGACGCGAGAGGAUGAUGCCGUGCCGUGGCCCGAGAACCUGCUCGACGGAUUCUGCUCCCCCGCUGGCAUUGCAGCCAGUCGUCAGGAGGGAGCCAGGGGGGCGGGCAGCGAUCUUUCUAAGCUUGGGUGGCGAUACGUUUCGCACCUCACGGCGCCAGAGAAGCUUUGGUGGUCCGUUUCGAAGUUCGGCGGCAAUUUGGACGCCAACCUCCAGGCUUUCAUGCGGCCGGUCAACCAUAGGAUUAUCGGCGACCGGCCCGACACACGUUUCUUGGCCCGACUCUGGAUGACCCAGGCAAGUCACAUACGCGAUUACGAAGUUGUCAAGCCUUCUGAAGUACAGGGGAAGCCUUCUGAAUUCUCAGGAUCGUCUGGAAGGCCUUCUCUCAUCAGGAAGAGCAGCCAGGAACAUGCUGGCAAGCGCUUGCUAAAGAGAAAUAACGAAGACAUGCCGGAUGUGGAAGGUCUCUUCUACUACGCACGCAAGCCCCGUCCUUACGAUGACGAGGGAGAUCUUGAUCCAAGCGGAGAGGUUGCUCCGUGGGGCACGACCGUCAUUGGUGUGGAUGAGGGGGAUGGCUGGCUCAAGGUAGGCCAGAAGUAUCUGCCGAUGAGGGCGCUGAGGGAGCGCAUCGUGCCACCAGCUCCACACUUCUUGCUGAUCGAGUUCAACAAGCCGGGAAAGGUCGUGUGGACACCCGAUAUUGGCGUCUGCCAGUGGCAGGAAGCCGGAAGCACGCUCUUUGUGGUGCAGCUCGACGAGGACGAGGACACGUUCGUCAAAGUCGUUCUCCCUAGCUUUGACUUGCGGUUUCCCAUGGAGACGGCGUGGUACGUUCGAAAGACGCUGACCACGCGUUGGCGCAACGUCGAGCAGGAGUCGGUAGACAAGAGGGACGGCCAGGACGCUCAUGUACCCGCGCACUCGGGGGGACGGAGGACGGCAAGGUCUAGCGGGCCGCCGCAAGAGCAGGACAAGAACUUUCGGAACGGGUACACCCAGGACAUUGCGGUGACAAAGAACGCCUUCAUCUGCCGCGUCCGGAGCAGGAGGGCCUUGCGACUACUUGACCGCCCGCAGUCACGGAAUUGGUUCCGGGAUAUUGCGUCCGAGUCAUGCCCUGAGGCGACACGCCAGCUUGCAUUCACGCUCGGUGCCACGUAA